AGGAAAUAAAAUCAGCGCCAUUAUGACUGGUUGCUAUUGACAACAAAGACAAUUUUUCUUAUAGCCAGUUUUAUAAAUGAGAGAGAGAGGUGCAGCAGGUGGCAGCCAUGUUUCUGUAGCCCUGCACUUCCAUCUCCCGACCACUAGAGGCAGCAAUGUACAGGCCCAACACCGAAUAAAGGACUGAACUGGAUGAAAAGAGAAGUAAAUACCCCCCCGAUGUCUUCUUCAUGAUGGUGGCAAGUGUAACCGGAAUGGAGAUCAGAAGUGAGGUGACAGAAGUUAUACUGAACAUCGCCCUGGAGAUCAUCCACCUGCUGACCGGAGAGGGUUGCACAGUAGUAAAGAAGACAUCUGGAGAGUGUGUGGCCCCCAGCAGGUCAGGAGGAUGGAGCAGGACCCAGAGCCCAGUUACAGACCCUCCACCUCCCUCACCAAUAAACAAGAGGAACAAUACCCAGAAGAUCCUAGACCUCACCAACAAGAUCAUUGGGCUGCUGACCGGAGAGGUUCCUAUAAAGUGUCAGGAUGUGGCGGUCUAUUUCUCCAUGGAGGAGUGGGAGUAUGUAGAAGGACACAAGGAUCUGUACCAGGACAUUAUGGAGGAUCACCAGUGGGGUCAUCCCGACUCCUCACACCAAGCAGCUUCUGGUUUCUCCAAGGAUUCCAGUCGUAGCCGAUUAGGCAUCAAGUUAGAGAAAGGCGUAUCCGUGGGGUCAUGUGACGACGGAAGUCAAGGAUCCGUCACCAGUUACAAACCUACAACUCCAGAACAAUAUCCAUUCGAUAUGGAGGAAUCAGUCUUAUGUAUUGGAGAAUCAGUCAUAGAAACCAAUGUCCAUACACCCACGAGUGACACCGGACAACAUUUAUCUACACGUACAAUGAAAGGACUCGUCACGGGUGAUCGAGAAAACUUUACUGAAACUGAUAUUUAUACACAACAAGAUCUAGUUACUCAUAUUAUGGAGGAGACACCAUCAUGUGAUGAAGAUCUCACAGAACCCAACAUCUAUACAUCCACCGACCAUAAUCACUAUCGCCCAACUACUCAUAUUAUGGAGGAGACACCAUCAUGUGAUGAAGAUCUCACAGAACCCAACAUCUAUACAUCCACAGACCAUAAUCUGUAUCGCCCAACUACUCAUAUUAUGGAGGAGACACCAUCAUGUGAUGAAGAUCUCACAGAACCCAACAUCUAUACAUCCACAGACCAUAAUCAAUAUCUCCCAACUACUAAUAUUAUGGAGGAGACACCAUCAUGUGAUGAAGAUCUCACAGAACCCAACAUCUAUACAUCCACAGACAAUAAUCGGUACCACCCAACUACUAAUAUUAUGGAGGAGACACCAUCAUGUGAUAAAGAUCCUACAGAACCCAACAUCUAUACAUCCACAGACCAUAAUCAAUAUCGCCCAACUACUAAUAUUAUGGAGGAACCACUCUCAUGUGAUGAAGAUCCUACAGAACCCACCAACUAUACAUACACAGACCAUAUUUUACUUCACACAACCACUCAUGAUAUGGACGAGUUACCCUCAUAUGAUGAAGAUCUCCCAGAACACAACAUCUAUACAUCAACAGACCAUACUCAACUACACCCAACCACUUGUCAUAUGGAGGAGUUACCCUCAUAUGAUGAUCUCACAGAACCCAACAUCUAUACAUCAACAUCCCAUACACUACUACACACAACCACUCAUAUUAAGGAGGAACCACUCUCAUGUGAUGAAGAUCUCACAGAACCCAACAUGUAUAUGUCCACAGACCAUACUGAGUUACAUCAAACUAGUCAUAUUAAGGAGGAACCCCUUUCAGGUGAUGAAGAUCUUACGGAAAACACUUAUACACCCAUAGACCAUGCACAUUAUAUAUCUCCCCAUAUUAAGGAGGAACCCCUCUCCUGUGAUGAAGAUCUUACAGAAAACAACACUUUUACACCAAUGGACCAUGUAGAAUAUAUAUCUUUUCAUAUUAAUGAGGAGCCACUCUCAUGUGAUGACCCCAAAAGGUCCACGCCCACCGGUCAGUCCCAGCAACAUCAAUGCCCUGAGGUUAAAAAAGAACCAGACUCUGAUAAUGGAGGAAAAAUCACCCAUACUGAUAUCUACACACCAAGGGAACAGGACCAAUAUCCAUCUCCUCAUAUUAAAGAGGAGCCAGUGUCAUGUGAUGGAGGAAACGUCUCGUACUCUAAAAGUUAUACCCCUACAUAUCAUGAGAAACAAUUUCCAACUACAUGUGUUAAGGAGGAACCAGGAUCUUCUGUUGUCAGAGAUCAUACAGGCCCCAUCAUAAAUACACAAAAUCACUUUAGAAAUAUUAAAGAGGAACCCGUGUCUGGUCAAGGCAGAGCUAAAUAUCAAUUUGCUCAACUGCAUAAGGAACCAAUGGCCGACCAAUCAGAAUACCUAAAAAGGACUAAUCUAUAUACCGCCAAAGACUGUAGACAGAACGUUCCAUCUACUUGUGUUAAGACUGAAAGCUCUGUACAACAUUCACCAACUGUAGGUUAUAACAAUGUAAAAACCGAAAACCCCUCCUCGCCUGUGAAGGUUAUCGUCCUGGCGCACCUAGUUGACGUAAAUAAUCCUAAACCAGGCAGCGCAAAUCUGAAAGAUGACCAUUCCCAGGGUCAGAGGUGCGUUGUAACCAGAGGUCCUCCUGGUUCGAUAAAAACUCCGGAAUCGGGGCAAACGUUUGGUGACAUUUCCAAUCUUACCAAAUACUUAAGGACUCAUUCUAAAAAGAAGACCCCUCAGUGUCCAGAAUGUGGGCAAUAUUUUCUGAGGAAGGUUCAGUUGGAGGCCCACCUAAAAAAUCACACGAAGCAGAGGUCUUUUCAAAUUUCAGGUUGCAGCAAAUUUUUUAUGUCCAAUGUUCCGAUACUGGAACGAAAAAUGCGCCCCAGAGAAACCAUAUACCAAUGUUCUGUGUGUAGUAAAACUUUUACCAAUGAACCGGAUCUUCUGAGCCACGAGAAAAAUCACAAAGGAGAGAAACCAUUCCAGUGUCCGGAAUGCGGUAAAUGUUUCAGUAUCUAUUACGAACUCUUUGUCCAUAAAAAGACUCAUAGGAAAGAGUCCCCCGAAAGAGGUGUCGGCCCACCCGAAUGCCCAAGUCAGACCUAACAGGAGUCCACGUUUAAAGGUCGGCGUGUAAGAAAAUCUUCAGGAACAACUACUGUCUUGAGAGACGUUAACAGGUCCUACGAGGCAAUGGUACCACCCAAAGUCAUGAAGGACUCAAAGUGUGAAAAAAAGUCACGAGUAAAACGCUUUAGGUUCUGUUCACACUUGCCUUGUGGUUUUUCUUAUCAACUGAAGCUGCAGCCAGAACCAUCGUCAGGAGGACAUCACUGGUACUUGUUGGACCUUUGGUUCCAGCUUAGGAAAAAUAAUAAAGUAAUAAUAGUAUCCCAGAGCAUUAAUUAUCUCCAUCCAUGACCACUGGACUGUGCCGGAAAUCUUGGUGCUGCUGCGUCCACCGCAAUAAUGGGCCCCUUAUAUCUGCUGUGUCUGAUGAAAUCUGAGCACUGUGCCCACUAUUGGGUCAUACAGUCCUUGUGGGGGAUCUCUAACCCUCUACCUGUAGCUUAUUUGGUGGAGUCGUCAUUUCCAUCCAUUCUGUGUCGGCAGAAUUCAGAGCAGUGUCAUUGAGAUGAUCCAGUCCUCCUUCCCUUCGAUCACAGGGUUAUUACUAUAAAUUGUGAAACUAUAUCUACAAUAUAUGAUUUAAUAUUGGAUUUUAGUGAUGUCAUCUGUGUCUUUUCUUUAAGUAGAACUUGGUAGGUAACAUUCACAUAAAUGGCUAUUCUGGUGUCACCCCAAGACAUAUAAUUUACUAAUAUAUUG